AUGGAUUCAUCCAAAAAGAAAAAGCCUGGCAAGGUCCGUAUUGCGGAUCACCUGCGAAAAAGAGCUCUGGUUUCUUGCGAUCGUUGCAAAAGGCGUAGAGUGCGUUGCUCACGAAAUGGAGAGGAUCCCUGCCAGAAUUGUGUGGAAGCCAGUGUAGAAUGUAAAUCCACCUUGCCCCGGAAGACUCGAAUUUAUGGAAGUGUCGAAACGCUUAGUAUGCGAUAUCGCGUGCUGGAUGCGGUUGUCAAAGGAAUCUUUCCCGAUAAGGAUACAAGUGAUAUCGACGUUCUAUACGAGAUUGCUGCAGAGCAUAAAAUAACGUUGCCUGACUUCACGGGAGAUAAUCUUACUACGGGCGACAUACGCAUGGAGGAAGUUUUUGCACACGUCCCAAAGGAAUUGUCAUUGUCGCCAGCCUAUUCCGAGGGUAGCCAACGUACCUUGAAAGAAGAGCCAACGCCAACAGAGAAAUCUGUAACCGUACCCAGUUCGCCACAGGAAACACUUGUUCCCACACCUUCGGGGGGACAAUCACAUUUUAUUGGACCUUCUUCAAGUUUUGGAUUUGCCCUCAAUCUUCGUGCGCUGGUAGGAUCGUAUGCUCAAGUUCUUGAACCGAACAAUCCAAGGAUGAAGUUGAUGAUAAACUUCGCGACUUCAAAAUGGAGCAAAGGCUUAGAGCCAAAGGCGGCCGAAGAAAAGCACACCGCCCCUGGACCAGCAGAUCUCGAACGAGAUUCUCAAGCAUCUAGAAGCCGUCACGUGCUUCCGCUUGUCCCAGGCAAAGAUCCAUCAGAAAAAGAGCCUCUAUCUUCACUUCUACCCGCUCGGGAAAUCGCGGAUGCCUUGGUUCGGUCAUUCUUUGACCACGUUCACCCAGAUUUUAUGCUUUUUAGACGUCGCUCUUUUGAACAGCGCUACGAGAGCAUGUGGAGCCAACUUGGUAAUCAAGUACAGGAUUUCGAACCCGGGUGGCUAUGUUCAGUUCUCAUGGUUCUAGUACUUGGAGCUCAGAUUAUCGAGCCACAGGAUGAUUUGUACCUGCAAAUGAUUCACAAUUAUAAAGUAUGGGUACAGUCGCGAGUGUCCCAACUUCAAUAUACCAGUACACUAGUCAAUAUUCAAGCUCUACUCCUUUUGCAUAUGUAUUUACAUAACAUGUCUGAACGUAAUGCAGCUUGGACGAUGCUAGGUGCAGUUUUAAGAAUGGCUAUGACUCUUGGAAUGCACCGAGAAGGAGGCAACAAAAAUCUCGAUGCAAGCGAAAUCGAGGUUCGACGCCGUGUGUGGUGGACAAUUUACGUACUGGAACAGAAUUCAUGCACGAUACUGGGCAGACCUUCUUCUAUCGACGAUAUGGAAGUCACCAUUAAAUAUCCCAACGAAGAUCUGCUUGAUGGUAGUGCACAUGUACCUAUGGCAUACAUCGAGGAGUUGUGUCGUUUGACAAGGAUAAUGGCGCGUACCAGCAAGAUGAUGUAUCCCUCUAACGCCAUUUUAUCCCCAGAUGAUGAGAAACAUAGGAUCAAUUGGGCCGGUAGAUUACUCUCGGAGUUACAUGAUUGGCGCGACCGCUUACCACCACACCUUCGCCUCGGACUUCAAGGAAUUUCACAUGCCCACUCGCGUGCGAUUUACCUACUUCAUCUUCAGUUCUAUCUCGUACAGUCACUUGUGACUCGACCUUACGCGGUACGGAAAGCGAUGCUGCAGGUAGCGCGGAAGAAAGGGAAACAUGUUCGCGCUAACCAUCUCUGUGAAGAAGAACACAGACUGAGUUACAAAUGUGGUCUUUCUUCCAAAGAAGCUCUUAAACUCAUUCAUCAACUUAUCACAUUAAACCAAUUCAAUGGUGUAACCUGGAUUGAUCCUUACUAUGUAUAUCACAGCGUGGCCGUUAUCGCGUUGGAGUUCCUAGCCAAAGAUGAGCCAGAUAAUGACGAAGAUAUCUCUCGUAGGAAGGCGGUCUUUGAUAUAAGGAAUGCAAUGGAUAACAUUCGUCUCUGUCCAGUCUUCGCUAUGCUCACACAGGUAUCUUUCCAAUUUGCUCAAAUUGUCGGCAUAAUCGAUAACCAUGUAACUGCCGCACAAUCUCAACAUUACGACGCCAUGCAGAUGCAGUCUCAUGUUCAAGCUAUCCCUGAUAUCGACAUUGAAUUCGAAAACCCUCAGCAGAGCAAUAUUGACAACGUCUUUGAUUUAAUUCUAGGGAAUAACUUCAGUAUUCCUUGGAAAGUUGGACCGGAUGCCUUUUCUCAUAAUCCACAAGUCUCAGCCCCGAUGAUGGGGUCAUACAUCGAUCGUAGCGUGCCGGCUAUGGAUGAACAAGCUGCCGCCACCGCGAUGCAGGGAAUGCAAUCACAGCAGCCAUAUGUAAGCUGGCCCACGGGUGGAUACGGAGUGAUGCCUACACAUGCGCAGUAUGGAAAUCCAUCGGCAACUCCAUCGCAUAUCAAUAGCAAUAGCAACGGCAACGCUCAAUCGCAUGCCCAGUAUUCAAAUUCAACAGCCGGCCCAUCGCAGUUCCCAGUAGCAGCCCCAACUCAUGUCAACCCGAAUGGCAACGGCAUCGGCUCCUCUCAUGCGCAAUACGCAAAUCAGCCAAAUCCGUCACAUCUUCACAGUAAUGGUAACGGCCAUUCUCAUGGGCAGUAUUCGAACUCCCAUCCUGAUUACGAGCAUCGGAGGAACUGA